AAAGCCGGUGACUCUUUUUUUCCUUAUCUGAUCUACCUAAUAUAAGGUCCCCUGCCCGUCCUCGUCUUCGCCGGUCUCCUCCCCUCGGCCAUUGUUUCCUUCUUUUUCUUGCUCUCUCUCCCAAGCCUCGCCGGGCCAAUUGGACCAGACAAUCUCGCGAACCAUGCUUUCUGCCACCUCUGCAGCCUUGCGGGCCGGAGCUCGACGAGGUGCGCCCAGGACCGCUGCGGCCGCGGCUGGCGCAUCUGCUCCGAACGUCGUCCGAGGCCCGAGCCCGAGCCUGGGUCUGGGCCUGGGCCUGGGUGCGGCCGGCCGCCGGGGCCUGGCGUCCCUGCCGACGAGGGAUCGGACGCGCGAGAUUGUCGCCCAGACGGUCAGCAGCAUCGGCAGCAAGCGCGAGGGCCAGCAGUACCUCAAGCUCUUCACCUCGGUCGAGUCCCAGAAGUUCGCCGUCAUCAAGGUCGGCGGCGCCAUCCUGACCGAGUACAUUGACGAGCUGUGCCGCAGCCUGCUGUUCCUCUACGAGCUGGGGCUGUACCCCGUCAUCGUCCACGGCGCCGGCCCGCAGCUGAACCGCCUGCUGGAGGAGGCCGGCGUCGAGCCCCAGUUCGAGGAGGGCAUCCGCGUCACCGACGCCAAGACGCUCGGCGUGGCCCGCAAGCUCUUCCUCGAGGAGAACCUGAGGCUGGUGGACAGGCUGGACUCGCUGGGCGUUGCCACCAGGUCCAUCAGCGGCGUCUUCAUGGCCGACUACCUGGACAAGGAGAAGUGGCAGUACGUCGGCAAGAUUACAAAGGUCAACAAGGAGGCGAUUGAAAAGUCGAUUGAGGCGGGCUACAUUCCCGUCCUGACCUCCAUGGCCGAGUCCGAGGAUGGCCGACUGCUCAACGUCAACGCCGACGUUGCUGCCGCCGAGCUCGCCCGCGCGCUGGAGCCCCUCAAGGUUGUGUAUCUGUCCGAAAAGGGCGGCUUGUUCGACGGCGAGGGAGAGAAGAUUUCGCACAUCAACCUGGACGAGGAGUUUGACCACCUCAUGUCGCAGCCCUGGUGCCGAUACGGCACGCGACUCAAGAUCAAGGAGAUCAAGGAGCUUCUCGACACCCUGCCGAGGACUUCCAGCGUGGCCAUCAUCCACCCCAGCGAUCUGCAAAAGGAACUGUUCACAGACUCUGGCGCCGGCACAUUGAUCCGACGCGGUGACAAGAUCCAAAAGGUCUCCUCCGUGGCCGACUUUGAGGACUUGGAUAAGAUCAAGGAAGCCCUGAUUCGCGACCGCGAGGGACUGGAUGCCGAAGCAACUGUUGACCGGUUCAUCGACUUUUUGCGAGAGAACCCCUUCACUGCCUACUACGACGACGCGCUCCAGUGCGUCGCCAUUGUGAUCCCCGCUGGCAAGGACCGGCCGAUGGCCACCCUUGCGACCCUGGCCAUCACCAAGUCCGGCUGGCUGACCAACGUGGCGGAGAACGUCUUCGCGGCCAUCAAGAAGGACCACCCGAGCCUUGUCUGGACCGUGAGCGAGAACGACGAGAACCUGACGUGGUUCUUUGAAAAGGCCGACGGCAGCUUCAACCGCAACGGAAGCGUGCUGUUCUACUACGGCUGUGAUUUGCGAUCUGACGCCCUGGCUCCGGUCUACGACGACUUUGUCUCUCACGGACGCGCCAUGCUGGGCGAUUCCAACCUCGAGGCCCGGCUUCGCCGCGCGGCCCAGGCUGCCAGCCAGGCGCUGAGGGACUCUCAGGGCCGAGUUUGA